AUGUCAGGUGUUAAGAGAAGACAUGAUUUCGACGAUGACGAUGGCUAUCGUGAUUAUAGGCCUCGCAUGCCUAAAAGACAAAGAAUUCCUCCAGUGGUUCAACUUUGUAAGGAAAUGAUGCCUGAUAUUAGAACAAUUGGUGAAUCUGUGAAAGCUUUCGAAGAAGAUAUCAAGUUUUUGAGUGAGGCGAUUGUAAAUGAGUUUGGGAAUGAAAAGUACUUCAGAACUGCUUUACUGAGCACUUUGUAUGCUGUUGUUGUCGAACAACCGCAGAAGCAACCGGCUAUUGCACUGUUGACUAUGGCCGUCAAUUCUGGUAGCCCGACAACUGGUAAAAGCAUCCUCAAUUUUUUUUUCACCAAAUUGCAAGAAUGGGCGGACCAUAGUAUUGAUGAUAGCUUUGAAGUAACUUCUAAUGAAACCGGUGCUUGGAACAAAAUUAAGCUUUUGUUGAGAUUCCUGUCAUUGCUAUCCCCCAUGGUUUUACAAGAUGAGUUGAUUUUACUGUACAAGAAACUCUUUGAACUUUCUGUGGAAUUGAACAAUCUUCAUCCAGAAAAGAGGAACCCUCUUUCCGAAGCAAUUUAUACCAAUACUCUUUUGGACAUUCCAUAUUUGUUUUUUUUCGAAAGGACUAAUGAGUCUCUCAGAGAAAACGUUGCCGAAUUGAUUUCUUAUGUUGAGACUCAAUACCAAGUUAAGCAAACGAACAUCUCUUUGAUCAAAGAAUACAACAAAAACCCUCCUUAUGAGGCAGUUCAGUGGAUACAGGCAGUUUUGCCUAAUGUUAAGAGAGUACUUGCUGAUAAUAUGCAACAGCUGAGUGAACUAUUCCCUGAUUAUGACCACUUGUUGCCAGAGCAACCAGAAAGUCAAGGUUUCAACGAUCCUUUGAACUUGCCCACGGUGACCCAAUUAGAAUCAUUUAGUGGUCUAGAUAAAGGUCUUGGAUCUGUUGACGGGAUGUGGAAAACGCCUCGUCACUCCUUCAGGGUUUACUUGCCAAAUUCAAUCGGUGAGUUUGAAACUGUAAUUCCACUAACCACAUACGCUGGGAUGCUAUUCGAUGAUAUUAUAAUUGACAUUGUUGAGAGUGUAGAAUUCAACAGAAAAGAGGUUGCAAGGCAAGUUAUUACCUUGGAUUUGUUCUUUAAGCCUGGAAUUUUCACCGAGCCUGGCCAAUCAAUUGCUCAGCUUGUCGCUCUUCAUGAGGAAAAUCCGAUUAUCUCCACGUUCAAAAUCGAGGACUUAGCAAUUGAAAACAUUUUGAGUUUGAUCUUCAAAUUGCCAACCGUGUCUCAAUCAUUUGCUUACUUCUACACUUUAUUGGUUGAAAUAUGCCAAAAUUCGCCAAAGGCAAUUGCUCCGGUGUUUGGAAGAGCUUUUAGAUUUUUUUACAAUAACCUGGAUAGUUUGGAUCUGGAAUUAAAACUCAGAUAUCUUGAUUGGUUUUCCAUUCAAGUUAGUAACUUCAACUUUUCUUGGAAAUGGAAUGAAUGGGAAGAUGACUCUAUGAAGUUCGGCGAGUCAUUUUAUAAUCCCAAAGUAACAUUCAUGAGAAAUUUAAUAAGGAAGGAAUUGAGAUUAACUUCCAAUCGUCCCGACGUAGAGGAUAGUUUGACUGACGAAUUCAAAAAGUACCUGGAUAGUUCAUUUAUUCCAAAAGAUCAAUUAUUACAGUAUUAUCAAUCUUUUUUUAAGGAUUUCCAAGUUGAUCCAGAGUUAUUAAGAGAUAAUGAUUUAUACUUUAGGCAAGAUUGCUUUCCAUUUCAUGAAAAAGUUCAGAGACUUUUGGAUUACUUUCACAAGCAGCCUCUAGAUAGAAAUGUGAACGAGAUAGAGUCCAUUUUGAAGGAAUUGCAAGCAGACCAUGGCGAAAUAAUCGUCGACUUCAAUAGAUUUGCUGUCACAUUACUCACUCAGACAUUGGUUUACUGUGGUAAUAGAUCUAUAUCACAUGCUAACAAAUAUAUCAGCGACUCAAGAAACGAACUAGAAGAGCUAUUUUCUAAAAUGGAACUCGCUCAAGAUUUAAAAGAAUUAUGGAUUAUUGAGGCAGUUAUCAGAUACUGGAACUGCAAUUCACAAAAUGGAUUUCUAAUUAUUGACACAUUCAAAAAUGGCGACAUGGUUUCUAUAAAGAGUGUGCUGAAUUUCUCAUUCUUGGAUGUCAAUGACAAAAACUGGGGUUUGGUCGAUGCUACAUCCAUUGAGUCUACUAUUAGAAACUUGACUGAAUUGUCAUUGAGAAAAGAUAUCAGUGUGGAAACGUUUGAAUUUAUUUUCGAAAGACUUGUAUCGAUUGUUGGAGAUGUUAUUACAAAACUUGAAGUUUCGCUUGAAGAAGAAAUUGUGGCACCAGAUAUCGACGAGGGCAGCAUGAUUGAUGUAUCUGCUGAGCUACCCCGUUUGGAUUUGACUUGGAAAUAUGAAAUAUCGAUGUCAUUCAUCAAGAGUAUCCUAAGAAAGUACUCUGAUGAAUACCUCUCGAUGUCAGAGAGACUCAAAACAGUGACUGACAGUAAUAUUUCUCAUGCUCCUACAAGGACUCUGUUGCAGCAGUGGUUGACAGAGCUAGAGCAAUUGUAA